AAAUGAAGCAAGGAGAAAAGAAGAAUGGAAACAAUGGCACAGCACGUAAGAGAUUUGUGGGACACAAUCAAAUGGUCUAACAUACUUGUAAAUGGAGUCUCAGGAAAGAAGACAGAGAGUGAGGCAGAAGCAGUAUUCCAAAAGCAUGACCACAAAUUAUCUAAAACUGAUAAAAGACAACCCACAGAUUCUGGAAGCUCAGCAAAUCCCCAACAGUGUAAACAUAAAUAAAAUCACACCUAGGGCCAUCAGACUAAACUACCAAAAACUGAAGACAUAAAAGAGGAAAUCCUAAAAACAACCAAAGAAAAAAGACAUGUUGCCUUUAUGGGAAUGAGAAUAAGUCUCAUGGCUGAUUUUUCAAUGAAACUGUGGAAGUCAGAGGACAAUUGAAUGGCACAUUUAAAGCACUGAAAGAAAAACAAAGCAAAACAAAACUUGCCAACCUAGAAUUCUACACCUAGUGAAAAUAUGUUUCAAAAAUGAAUACAAAAUAAAGAUAUUUUCAGACAAAAAAAAUCUGAGAGACUAUAUCUGCCGAUUAGAGCUACAAGAAGUACUGAAGGAAGUUCUUUGGAUUAAAGAAAAAUCAUUCCGGAUGGAAGCAUGCAAUUGCAGGAAGGAAUGAAAAACACCAGAAAAGACCUGAGGAUGAGAUGUUUUUAAAAAGGCUUUCUAGAGGUUACCUUGUGGGAAAGGACCCCAACGCUCCGCUUUUCUACAGAGAAGAAGGAAACAAAAAAUUUCAGGAGAAGGAUUAUAUGGGAGCCACAGUGCUGUAUUCUAAGGGAGUAUCGCAUUCAAGGCCUCACACUGAGGACACUUCACUGUGUUAUGCCAAUCGCUCUGCAGCCCUCUUCCACCUUGGUCAGCAUGAAACAUGUCUUAAAGACAUCGUCAGAGCCCAGAUGCACGGGUACCCAGAAAGAUUGCAGCCCAAGAUGAUGUUGCGUAAGGCAGAGUGUCUGGUGCUCCUGGGGAGACUGCAGGAAGCAAGCCAGACCAUCAGUGAUCUUGAAAGUAACUUCACUGCCAAACCAACCCUAGCAGCUUCCCAGUUUCAGAUUCUGCAGAGAACCCUCUGUCGUCUGAAAAUGAAGGUACAAGAAAAGGAGAAUCUCACAGAAACCAUCUCAGCAGCUCUAACCAAAGCCUUUGCGGAUAUGGACCUAAGGGAAGAAAAUGAACAAAUUUCCAGUGCAUCAUCAUCUGUCAGCUUAUGCACAGACCCUUUAAAAGGCCGCUAUCUGAUUGCCACAAAAGGUAUUCUCCCAGGAGAGCUCCUGGUGAAGGAGGACGCUUUUGUGAGUGUCCUUAACCCAGGAGAAAUGCCACCACUACAUCAUGGCCUAGAGAGCAAGUGGGAUACCAGAGUUACCAAUGGGGACUUUUACUGUCACCGAUGUUUGAAGCACACUUUGGCUCCAGUUCCUUGUGAUGGGUGCAGCUAUGCCAAGUAUUGCAGCCAAGAGUGCAUGCAGCAGGCCUGGGAUCUCUACCACAGUAUCGAGUGCUCUCUAGGGGGGCUGCUUCUCACACUGGGUGUCUUUUGCCACAUUGCCCUGAGGUCGACUCUUUUAGCUAGAUUUGAGGAUGCUGGCAAAGUCAUAAGGAAUCUUUGUGGCGAGAUUAGUAACAAGGACACCUCUUUACCUGAAAGCAAGAAUCUGGUGCAAACACUCAGUUGUGACCUGGGAGGGGAGAGAGAGAAAAAUGGCAAAACAGUUGAGAACCCAAUUCCCGGGUGUGAUAUUAAUGGAAAGUAUGAAAGUAAUUAUUAUGCUGUCUUCAACCUUUUGCCCCAUACUGAAAACCAUAGCCCAGAGCACAAAUUCCUCUGUGCUCUGAGUGUUUCUGCACUGUGCAGGCAGCUCGAAGCAGCCAGUUCACAGGCCCUCACAACAGGUCCGACAUCCUCUAAGCUGAAAGCAGCAGUGGCUCCUGCGUUGGGUCCAGAGUUGACUCUUUGGGGAGUGGCCAUGCUGAGACACAUGUUACAGCUGCAGUGUAAUGCGCAGGCAAUAACUACCAUACAGCAAACAGGAUCUAAAGAGGACAUCAUUACCGACUGCAGGCAGGUACGCCUUGCCACAGGCCUCUUCCCUGUUGUCAGUCUCCUGAACCAUUCCUGCAGCCCCAACACCAGUGUGUCUUUCGUUGGCACUGUCGCCACCAUUCGGGCAUCACAGCAGAUUAGAAAAGGGCAAGAGAUUCUCCACUGCUAUGGGCCUCACGAGAGCAGGAUGGGUGUUGCUGAGAGGCAGCGGAAGCUGAGGUCUCAGUAUUUCUUUGACUGCACCUGCCCAGCUUGUCAACAUGAGAAGCACAGAGCUACGGCAGGGCCCAGGUGGGAAGCAUUCUGUUGUCACAGUUGCAGAGCGCUCAUGCAGGGUGAUGAUGUGCUGAGCUGUGGCAACACAUCUUGUACAGAAUCAGUCAGCAGGGAUCAUCUAGUCUCUCGGUUACGAGACCUUCAACAGCAGGUUGGGAUGGCCCGGAAGCUUCUCAGAAAUGGCAAGCUAGAGCAAGCCAUUCAGCUGUUGUUGGGGUGCCAGCAGGAUGCUGAGAGCUUCCUGUCAGCAGAACACAGCGUGGUGGGAGAAAUCGAGGAUGACCUGGCCCAGGCCUACGCUGCCUUAGGGGACUGGCAAAAGUCAGCUACUUAUCUACAGAAGAGUCUCCAAGUGGUUAAGGUUCGCCAUGGGCCAUCCAGUGUUGAAAUGGGCCAUGAGCUCUUCAAACUGGCCCAAAUCUUUUUCAAUGGGUUUGCAGUGCCCGAAGCUCUGAACACAAUACGAAAGGCAGAAAAGGUUCUGUUGGUGCACUAUGGCCCUUGGAAUGAUGAGAUCCAGGAGCUACAAAAGAUGAAAUCCUGUUUAUUGGAUUUGCCGCCUGUCCCUGUGGGACCUUCGGUGUAGGAUCCCAAGGGGACUUUGAACCACAGGAAAGGAGCCCAUGUGGGAUGAGUUAAAGAGGUUCUGCUGCUGCUGAGUUGUCACCAGGAAAUACAGGACUUGCCUGACAGUCACAGGCCUAGUGUAUGAAGGGUGGGGGACUCAAAAAGCACUGCAGUUGGCGAGAGGCUCACCUAUUGUGAUGAAUGUUCCUUGAAAUAGUUAACUGCCCUCCAAUAAAAACUCCCAGUACUCAGAAAAGACUUGAAACUAGUAUCUGGAGAGCCUAAUCCCUUUAAAAGGAUUUUAGCUGAUCUGCAGGCAUCUGGAUGUUAGCCUGGGGUUUUGGCUAGAUGCCACCUUACUAAAUGAUGAUAGUCUCUUUCCCUGGAACAUUCCUAUGGUUUCUAGUAGUAAUGAAAUGUUGUGCACCACUCCAGUGGGAACUUACACUCUUAGUAGUUGUAUUGUAAUUGAAAAAUAAUUAUAAAGCAAGAAAUCAGUGAGGAGAAAUCCAUACCUCUAGAGACACAGUUUCACUUAUGAUAUCUAGCUUCCUCAAAUCCUUUGUUAAAACUGGUAGAGUGUAAAUUGUGAAUAGAGAAAUAAAUAUGGGGCCAUCUUAUUGUUGGGCAGGUUCUUCCUAGGAUGGCAACUCUCAGUUUGUUUUCUACCGUUUUUCCAGUCCUUAUUACCCGGCUUUAAUGUAUACUCUUGGCAGACUCAUGACCAAACACUACUAAAAUUAAGCUCGUUAGCAGUGACUUCAUAACACACGUGCCUCCUUUCUGAGUUCUGUUUAUUAGCAAGCCUGAAAAGAGACGACUUUUUUCUACCAGAUCUCCCCAAGCUGGCAAAUGAAAUAUAGAUGGUAUGAGUAUUGAGAAUGGGGAAAAACUUCAGAGGAUGCUGAGGGGCUGGGCAUUGCCAGACCCAAGACGUGCCCAUUGGUUGCCACGGCAUUAUAGUCGAGAAACAAAUAGCCCUGAAGAUGCCCGGCAGUAGCUUUUCAGGAAGCCGAGUGUUCGGAACACAGUUCGCAUUCAAACACUUGGAUGAAGAACAGGCAGAAUCUCAUUUAUCCUCCUUUCUACUAACUCACGGUGGCAAGGCAAUAGCCAAUGAGAUUUUUUGGUAGAGCUAACUUUUUCAAGUAGAAAAAUUUUGAGCUGUGGACAAUUCUAUAGUUUCUCUGUUCCAAACACUUGGCAUGUUUCAUGUUCCUAAAAGAGGUCCUGUUGUACUCUGUAAAAUAGGCAUACUUCCUUAGAAAGAAUAUGUUUGGAAUUUUUACAUAUCAGGUCCAAUUUAAUGUGUACUCGAGAGCGUUCUUUAAAUGCUUUGUAAAAUAAAGAAUUAUUUCCUGAAGUUACAA